AUGGCCGCAGCCGAAACCGCCUUGCCCUCCAUCAGCACACUGACUACCCUGGGCCCCUUCCCGGACACACAGGAAGACUUCCUCAAGUGGUGGCGCUCCGACGAGGCGCAGGACAUGGGCCCGGGUCCACCCGACUCCACAGGGCCGCCCCUUCACGUGAAGCCAGAGUCGGAGAACCCGUCUGGGGAGCACGAAGACGAUGAGAGGGACGCGGCCUCCGCCUGGGACCUGGAUCUCCUCCUCACCAAUUUCCCGGGCCCAGAACCGGUUGGCACGCCCCGGACCUGCGCUCUGGCGCCCAACGAGGGCCCCGGGACGCAAUACCCGCCGCCGCCCGAGACUCUGGGCGCGUACGCAGAAGGCCCGGGGCUGCUGGCUGGGCUCUUGGGUCCUGAUGAGCACUCGGGCUGGGCGCGCCCCACCCCACAAAUCCCGGCCCCCGACGCCUUCGUGGGCUCAGCCCUGGCCCUGGCCCCAGAGCCCAAGGCGCUGCCGCCGCAGCCGGUGUACACAGGGCCGGGCGCGGGCUCCUCGGGUAGCUACUUCCCGAGGACCGGGUUUUCAGUGCCCGCGGCGCCGGGCGCCCCCUACGGGCUGCUGUCCGGGUACCCCGCGCUGUACCCGGCGCCUCAGUACCAAGGGCACUUCCAUGUCUUGCGCGGGGUCCCAGCGGCCGCGCCAGGCCCUGUCGUAUCCCCCUCCUUCCUGAGCUGUCUGGGACCCGGGACGGUGGGCGUGGGACUCCGGGGGACCGCAGGAGACUCAGGAAUGAUCGCGGAGGCCGCUCCAACCAAGCGCAACCGGCGCUCGUGGGCUCGCAAGAGGCAGGCGGCGCACACGUGCGAAUACCCGGGCUGCGGCAAGAGCUACACGAAGAGCUCCCACCUGAAGGCGCAUCUGCGCACGCACACGGGGGAGAAGCCAUACGCCUGCACGUGGGACGGCUGUGGCUGGAGGUUCGCGCGCUCGGAUGAGCUCACUCGCCACUACCGGAAGCACACGGGACAGCGCCCCUUCCGCUGCCAGCUCUGCCCACGCGCUUUUUCGCGCUCCGACCACCUGGCCUUGCACAUGAAACGCCACCUUUGA